GGUGAAAAACAGACAUCAGAAGAGAAGAACACAGUUACCACUAUGACAGAGUUGAGUCCCACAGCAGGGAAGAACUCUCAAGAUAUGCAAGGGGAUGAGAAGCUCAGUCCUAGGAAAGCUCCUAGCAUUUGUUCCACUCGCUAUGGAAUAGCCUUCAUCGUACAUCUCUGCAAUUUCAUAAUAAUGGCACAAAAUAUUAUCAUGAAUAUCACCAUGGUUGCUAUGGUCAACAACACAAGCCAUCAGCCCUCAUUUAAUGGUUCUACUGAGGGGUUGCCUGUUGAUUCCUUUGGUGAUCCAAAUAAUUCCCCGAAGAGCCUUCCUGCAAGGGCCCCUGUGUAUGAUUGGAACCCUCAAAUCCAGGGCAUCAUCUUUAGUGCUAUCAACUAUGGCAUGAUUCUGACACUGGCUCCCAGUGGAUACCUGGCUGGAAGAGUAGGAACAAAGCGAGUGGUUGGUGCUGCUCUGCUUGGAUCCUCACUUCUUGUUCUUUUCACCCCUCUGGCAGCUGACUUUGGACUAGUUUUCCUCAUUGCAACUCGAAUACUUCAGGGCAUAAGCCUGGGGUUAGGAUAUGGGGGUCAGUUUGCAAUCUGGGAAAGAUGGAGUCCUCCACAUGAACGAAGUCGACUCUGUGGCAUUGCCGUAUCAGGACUGCUGCUGGGUACCUGCAUCGCUAUCCUGCUGGGUGGCAUCAUCAGUCAAACCCUUGGGUGGCCUUCCGUCUUCUAUAUAUUUGGAGGUUUUGGCUGUAUCUGCUUUCUUCUCUGGUGUGUUUUGGUUUAUGAUGACCCUGUCACUCAUCCAUGGAUAAACAUUACAGAGAAAGAAUAUAUCAUAUCCUCCUUGGCCCAACAGGUCAACUCUACUAAGCAGCCUCUUCCUAUCAAAGCUAUGGUCAGAUCUCUACCCCUCUGGUCCAUGUGUGUUUGCUGUUUCAGCCAUCAGUGGUUAAUUAAUAUAAUAAUUAUAUAUGCACCAACUUACAUUAGCUCUGUGUUCAACAUUGAUAUUAAAAACAGUGGUUUCCUGUCUGCCCUUCCUUUCAUUAUUGCCUGGGUCAUUUGCCUCCUGGGAAGUUACCUGGCAGAUUUCCUUCUGACCAAGAAUUUUAGGCUUGUUACAGUGAGGAAAAUUGCCACAGUUCUAGGAAAUGUCCCCUCUUCAACAUUCCUUUUGGUUCUGCCAUUCGUUGCCUCCAACUAUAUCAUAGCAGUGAGCCUUCUGACGCUCUCCUGUGGACUAGGCCUGUUAUGUCAGCCAGGGGUUUAUAUCAAUGCUUUAGAUAUUGCUCCAAGGCAUUCUAGUUUUCUCAUGGGAGCUUCAAGGGCGUUUGCACAGAUAUCUGCUGUCCUGGCACCCACUGUCAGUGGGUUUCUUCUCAGUCAGGACCCUGAAUUUGGGUGGAGGAAUGUCUUUUCCUUGUCAUUUGUCAUUAACACAUUAGGACUGAUCUUCUAUCUUAUCUUUGGAAAAGCAGAUGUCCAAGACUGGGCUAAAGAAAGAAAACUUACUCAUUUAUGA